AUGAUCUUCGCCGCCCGUCAACUUCAGGAGAAGUGCCAAGAGAUGCGGACCCAUCUGUACUCUACCUUAGUGGAUCUGACGAAAGCCUUCGAUACGGUGAAUCAUGAAAGACUGUGGAAGAUCAUGCAGAAAUUUGGCUGUCUCGAGGGAUUCAUUCAGAUGGUGUGUCAGCUCCACGAGGACAUGAUGGCGAGAGUCACGGACAACGGGGCUGUCUCAGUGGCAUUUACAGUGACCAACGGAGUGAAGCAGGGCUGCGUCCUGACGCCCAUACUCUUCAGUCUUAUGUUCUCUGCCAUGUUGGUGGAUGUCUACCGUGAUGAACGUCCGGGGAUCCGCAUCGCCUACAGGACGGACGGCCACCUCCUCAAUCAACGGCAGAUGCACUUCAAAUCGCGCGUAUCCACAACCACAGUUCUUGAACUUCUCUUCGCCGAUGACUGCGGCCUCAACACCACCUCGGAAGAGGACAUGCAAAGUCGCAUGGACCUCUUCUCCGCCGCCUGCGAGAACUUCGGUCUCGUCAUCAACACGGAGAAGACGGUGGUCAUGCCUCAACGGCCACCCAAAAAGCCCCUCCCCACAAUGUACAACAAAUUAGCAUGAACAGAACCCAACUGCAAGUGGUGGAGAACUUACCGUACCUGGGCAGUACCCUCUACCGCAGCACGAAAAUCAAUGAUGAAAUUGCCCACAGUAUCUCGAAGGUCAGUAAAGCCUUCGGCCGCCUUCAAAGCAUAGUUUGGAAUCGUCAUGGUCUCCAGCUCAGCAAGAAGCUAAAGAUUUACACGGCCGUCACCCUCACGACGCUGUUGCACGGAGCAGAGACUUGGACGGUGUACACGAAACAGGCAUGCCGACUCAACCACGUCCAUCUCAGUUGUCUUCGUCGCAUCCUCAGGCUGAGAUGGCGGGAUCGAAUCCCCGAAACGGAUGUACUAGAGGGAACUGGAAUCUUCAGCAGCAAAACCAUGCUGAGACAACUGCGGCUGCGCUGGAGCGGCCAUCUCGUGCGGAUGGAUGAUGAGCGGCUACCCAAACGACUCUUCUACGGAGACGUCGCCAAGGGUUCCCGCCGCCAGGAAGGCUAAAUCUGCCGCUACAAUGAUACUCUGAAGUCCUCCCUGAAAUGUCUGAAAAUUAACCCAAGCAACUGGGAAGACCUCGCCCGCAAUCGACCGACCGACCUGGAGAAGGUCAGUGAAGACAGGUGCUGCGAUCUACGAAGCCAGCCGCAUCACGGCUGCCAAAGCCAAACGUGAAGCACGCAAGUCCCAGCUGCGCACACCUCGCAAUGCCAACGCGCAACUGCCUCCAAUGUGUCAACGUACAUUCCGGGCACGAAUUGGGCUUGUUGGACACCUCCAGAUCAACCACACCACUCGGACCGCACCAACCGUCGUCCUUCCGCCCAACAUUUCCUCGUCUUUCCCGCCGCCAAUUACAACUAACCGCUCUCCUAGACCGCCACUUUUAUCCUCCUCCUCCUCCUGCUCCUCCCCCUCUUCCUCCUCCCCUUCUUCUUCCUCCAUCUCCUGCUCCUCCUUAUCCUCCGUUGCUCCAACGCCUGUCGUUGUGGCGCCUGCCACGCACAUCAACACUGCACACAAUCCUGACACCUCCUUAACAUCAACGCCACCACCGUCGACACGAGAGCUGAAGACCAGGAUUACACAUGCCCUAACGGCGACCGCACCUUCACCUCACACAUCGGCCUGGUUGGUCACUUGCGAAUCCAUCGCACAGAUACUGGCGAACCAGUGCCUGAAGCACCCACCAACACCCACCGCAUCCGCUUCCAUUGCCCUCACUGUCCCCGCACAUUCACGCACCGCAUGGAUCUAUUCAGCCACAUGCGCAUCCACGAAAACCUGCGGUAGACAACCGCCGGCUGCACCAAACCAUCACAUCCUCCAUCACCGCCAUCUCAACGCUCAUCACCAUCACCCACCGCAAGCACCCAACUGCCACCUCCUAGGCAAUUGGGAAGUGUGCGUCUCGACUUGGUCUCCAUGUGGCUCCUGUUGCAUGAGAGACUCGAGCCUGAGACUAUCCCGACACGUCAAGCGUGGUGGAUAA